AUGUUGCAUUUUACGGGGCGGGUGGGCGCAGGUGGUGCAAGUACCGCACUUCGCUUCGGUCAGUCAUUGCCCGCAUCCACCGUUGUUGUUCACUGGAGGAGGGAAGGUGACAUACAGUACAUGUACAUGUACAAGCUAACAGGGCGAAUAGUGACCUCGAACUCGCAGCGGGCAGGCGAACCCCUCACUGCGCUCACUGCGCUUGCUACUACGCUCGCUGAGCUCUACUUCGCUUUUGUUGUCAGCUCUCGUGCUGGUCAACUGACCUCUACCAGACACUACCUCGCUUCGGGUUGCAGAGUAACUGGUUCCCGCCAGUUAACCUCACUGUGUCGGACUCCCGUACGGUGGCAAACGAGGCACUCCCCUUCGCUGCGGGGAUACUCCACGGAAUCUUCGCAAACUCCAACAAAAAGAAGCACCCAACUAGGAGUUGCGGCAGCAGUUGCCAUCUCUAUAGGCCUGGGCCUCAUAGUUUAUAAACGACCUGCAAAGGUUGCUCACGCCGACUCCAAAGGGGAUUAUCCCGUUCACAUCAAGAAUAUAGUAGAUGCCUCUGAACCUGUUGGAAAAUCCCUAAAUCUAUCGAACCUCCCUGUAGAGGAAGCACAACUCAUCAGCGCCCCAAAUGUCCCCCCGCCCAUCACUCGAGAUCACCCUGUCCUCCUCAAAGUGCCGCUGACAACCACGACGAAGAUAAAGCAGCUCACUAGCACCUACAAGUAUGAGCAGUGGACCUUCAACAACCAAGUGCCGGGCCCGUUUAUCCGGGCGCGGGUUGGGGACGUCAUCGAGCUCUCCUUGACAAAUACCGAUGUGACAGGCAACCCUCACAACAUCGACUGUCACGCAUUUACAGGCCCUGGAGGAGGAGCGGCGCUGACAACUGCUGAAGAGAACCAAAGCAAGACGGGCAGAUUCAAACUACUAUACCCAGGGCUAUUUAUCUACCACUGCGCCGCAGCCCCCGUGCCCGUUCACAUUGCCAACGGAAUGUACGGCCUCAUCUACGUACAGCCGGAAGAGGACCCUCUCCCCAAGGUUGAUAAAGAAUACUACGUGAUGCAGAGCGAGUUCUACCACGAACCACCCGAAAUCGAGGAGAAUGGGAAGCGUUCCUCCCUGGUGGAGUUCUCAUACCCCAACGCCCUCCGCGAAGACCCGGACGUGAUCGUUUUCAACGGCAGUGAGACGGCUCUCACCAUGGACCACCCCCUUAAAGCCACGGCGGGUGAAACCAUCCGGGUUUUCUUUGGCAACGCAGGCCCGAACCUGACUAGCUCUCCGCACAUCAUCGGCAGCACGUUCCAUAAACUCUACCGUGACGGGGACGUCCUGACCCCCCCCGCGCAGAACGUGCAGACGACCACCGUACCUCCCGGCGGAGCGACUAUUUUUGACAUGAACACGGUUGUACCGGGGACAUACACGCUGGUGGACCACGCUAUAUUCCGGCUGGAUAAGGGCUGUGUGGGAUUCAUAAACGUGACGGGGAAGCCGAGGCCGGACAUAUAUCAGAGCAACGAGCAUGCGGAGCCGUGCGUUGGAUGUAAACUACAUCCGUGA